GGUCUGAUUGGCUGGAUGCGGACAGUGGGCUCGGUGAUCGGCUGUUUCAGGUGUGGCUCCGCCCCGCAGCUCUGUGAUAGGUCAGCGCACACAGGGGGGUUAGCCUCUCUCUCGUCGCGGCUCCGUGUGGUGAUGGCGGCUCUGACGGGGAGCGCGGGCGCGGCGGGGCUGCUGCCCUCCCUCUCGGUGCCCGGCGUGACCGAGCUGAAGCCGCUGAGCCGCUACGAGGCCAUGCGGCUCGGGCCCGGCUGGAGCCACUCGUGCCACGCCAUGCUGUACGCGCCCAACCCGGGCAUGCUCUUCGGGCGCAUCCCGCUGCGCUACGCCGUGCUGAUGCAGAUGCGAUUUGAUGGACUACUGGGCUUUCCUGGGGGGUUCGUGGAUCGCCGUUACUGGUCCCUGGAGGAUGGUCUGAAUCGGGUGCUGGGCUUGGGUUUGGGCUGUGUGCGCCUGACGGAAGCUGAUUAUCUGUGCUCGCACCUGACAGAGGGGCCACAUCGCGUGGUGGCGCACUUCUACGCCAGGCAGCUGACCCUGGAGGAGCUGCACACCAUCGAGAUCUGCGCGGUGCAUUCCCGAGACCACGGGCUGGAGGUGAUGGGAAUGGUCCGUGUCCCCUUGUACACCCAGAAGGACCGCAUGGGCGGACUGCCAAACUUCCUGGGGAACUCCUUCAUCGGGACUGCUAAAUUCCAGCUGCUCUUUGCCCUGAAGGUUUUGAAUAUGGUGCCUGAGGAGAAGCUGGCAGAAGCAGUGGCUGCCACCCAGAAGCAAAAAAAGCCUGCAGCUGAGCCGGCUGCUGUGACGGCCAGUGUGACGGCUGCUGUGACGGCCAGUGUGACGGCUGCUGUGACGGCCAAUCAGAUGGUGGCUAAACCAGCAAAUGAGCUGGCAAAUCGGCCUUUAGCUGUGUCAGUGGCUGAACCAGCAGCAAAGCCAGCAGCUGAGUCAGCAGCAGAGCCUGUGACUGAGCCAGCGGCUGAGUCUAUGGCUGAGUGAUGAAUUUUUUGUUUGACUUGGUUAAUAAUGGGUAAAGAGACUUUCUUCUUACUUUCCAGACAGUCACUGGCUGCAAAUGCUGCCCAUUUGACUCCACCUCCGUGCUCCUCAGGUGGAAUGGGAUUAGAUUUGCCUGAAGCAAUGGAAAGCUAUAUUUUGUAAGGCCCAUACACAGUACCAAGCUUUCCAGAUCUCUCUUAACUGUCCCCCUCUGGAGUCCAUGUGCUUACCUGAGGACUCUCUUAGAAUGCUUUAAUUUACAGGGAUGCUCUGCUCCAUUCAGGUCCCAGCUUGGGUAUUGUUUUAAUGAACUGAAAUGUUACUUUUAAAAUUGUUCCAAGCAGGGUUUUUAGCCCCCUGCUGCAGUAUUGUGAACCCAUCACAGCUGUGUUGGGGGGGUGGGGGUGGGGGGAAAUAAGUGAACCCAACUGAAGAGAGGCAAGUCUGCCAGCUCUAGCUCCAUGCCAUGUGCAGAAAUGAAACUGCCCUCCUGUAGGAACAGUCCACGGAUGCUCCUCGUUUUCCCAGGUUUCGUGACUUUGGUAUCACAUGGAAGUGUUUACAGUGGCAGCUUACCUGGCUAGUGGCAGUUCCCAGGUGGCUUAGUUGUUGGUGUCCCUGUGGGGUGCAGAAAGGUAGUUUGUGGCUUUGCGUAUGGUGAGUUGGGGGAGCAGGAAAAUUAAAUAAAUGGCUUUGCUGUA